UAGGAUUUAAGGUAGUUUUUUUAUAACAGCGUCAUGAGUGCUUCUGAACUUAGAUGUUUUAUGGAUUUUGUUAUCCCUUUAGUUAGGAAUGCAGGGAAGCUACUCCUGGAAGCAAAAAAUUUUAAAAUUGAAACCAAAGAUGAAUCUUGGGAUUUAGUGACAAUAUAUGACAGAAAAAUCGAGGAGACACUCAUAUUAAAAAUAAAAGAAAAAUAUCCUCAACAUAAGUUUAUUGGCGAAGAAUCUUCUGCCGCCGAAAACUCAAUUCCUGAAUUGACCGAAGAACCCACCUGGAUUAUAGAUCCUAUAGAUGGAACUGCAAACUUUGUUCGGCGAAUACCAUUAAGCGCUAUAUCUAUAGGAUUAACGAUUAAUAAGCAAGUGGUCUUAGGAAUAGUAUAUAACCCCCAUUUAAAUGAAUUGUUUCAUUCCAUUAAAGGACAAGGAUGUUUCCUUAACGAAGAGCGUAUACAAACUAGUGGGUUAAAAGAUAUUAAUGGAGCCUGUUUUAAUUAUGAACUAUCUUUAGCUAGAAGAGAAUUAUUAAGAAAUUUGUAUUUGUAUAGACUUAAACAUUUAAUUGGGCGUACAGAAGGAAUAAGAUCGUUAGGCUCUGCUGUUUUGGGAUUGUGUUACGUCGCAAAAGGAGCUAUUGAUGCCUAUCAAUGUGAUGGUCUUUAUGCUUGGGAUGUUGCCGCUGGUAGCCUAUUUGUACAGGAAGCUGGUGGCUUUAUUUGUGAUACAACAGGAAAGCCUGAAAUAGAUAUAAUGAACCCAAAUUUUUUGGCAACAGCAACAAAAGAACUUUCUGAUCAAUUUAUGGCAAUUGAAAAAAUAGCUGAUGAAGAAAGAAUAAAUAACGAACUAAAAUAACAUUAUUUAAAAUACAUGUAAAGUUCAAUUUAAAAUUAAAAAACAUGUAGUAUCGGAAUCUUUCAUUUAAGGAAGCAGAAGUAAUUGUAAACUAUCCUUUUUAUGAUAAAAUAACCACUAGCUAACCUCUUAGAAUUUCCUAUCCCUCAACUUG